CCUAGUGGCUAGAGCCCGGGGCAAGGACUGCGAGCCAAGCGGCUUGGGGGCCGGUUAGGAUUGGGGGUGGCCUCUGCUGUCCUUCCCGCCGGGCUUUCUGGCCGCCUCCUUUUCCCCGCGGAGGGGGGGGGGCUCCAGUGGGCGCCGCCGAAGGGGGAAGGCGGGGAGUGGGGAAGCCGGAGGAGCGGCUCCUCCCCCCCCCCCAUCCCACCCUGGCCGGGGAAGGGAAGGGAUGGGCGCCCCUCGCUCGCCUGUCAGAGCGCUGGAUGUGAGCAGCGCGGGAGCACCACGAUGCCGCCGCUGCCGGGCCUGCUGCUGCUGCUGCUGCCGCUGCUGCUGUCCGGGCCCCGGUCGGGGGGCGCCCAGGACCCCGCGGCCUCGUGCGACCCGGACGGCUGCUACGCCGUCUACUUGCAGCGCCGCGGCUUCCUGGACGCCUGGCGCAGCUGCCGGGAGCUGGGCGGCAACCUGGCCACCCUCAAGCACCAGGACGAGGCGGCCCAGGUGGGCCAGCUGCUGCGGGACGCCGCCGGGGCCGGGGCCGGGCCGGAGCAGAGCCCGCGGCUCUUCUGGAUCGGGCUGCAGCGCCAGCCGCGCCAGUGCUUCCCCCUGCGGCCGCUGCGGGGCUUCAUGUGGGUGACGGGCGAGCAGGACACCUUCUACACCAACUGGGCCCGGCCGGCCGUCGAGGCGGGCGGCGGCAGCAGCUGCGCCGCGCCCCGCUGCGUGGUGCUGGACGACCGGCAGGGCCAGUGGCUGGAGGGCUCGUGCACCGUGCCGGUGGACGGCUACGUGUGCCGCUUCGCCUUCCAGGGCAUGUGCCCGGGCCUCGACGAGGAGGGCGGCCCGGUCGCCUACACCACCCCCUUCGGCCCGGCCGGCGGCGGCCUGCGCUAUGCCCCCUUCGGCACGGUGGCGGCGGUGACGUGCGGCGGGGCCGCGCCGGCCGCCGUGUCGGUGCUGUGCAUGCAGAAGGACGACGGCUCGGUGGCCUGGUCCAAGGGGGCGCCGCUCUGCCGGGAGCACGGCUACCCGCACAGCUGGUGCGAGGGCGACAACGGCGGCUGCCAGCAGCUGUGCCUGGACGAGGGCGCCGGCUACUCCUGCGAGUGCCACACCGGCUACUCGCUCCUGCCCGACGGGCACUCCUGCGCGCCUAGCGACGCCUGCCGCGACCAGCCGUGCCAGUUCGCCUGCGUGCCGGACGAGGAGGGCGGCUACGACUGCCGGUGCCCGCCGGGCUACGAGCUGAGCAGCGACGAGCACCACUGCGAGGACGUGGACGAGUGCGCCGACGCGCCCUGCGAGCACCAGUGCGACAACACCGACGGCUCCUACCUGUGCCGCUGCCACCUGGGCUUCAGCGUGGCCGAGGACGAGCCCGGCCACUGCGCCGACACGGACGAGUGCCAGAUCCCCGGCGUCUGCCAGCAGAUGUGCGUCAACUACGUGGGGGGCUUCGAGUGCUACUGCACCGAAGGCUACGACCUGGAGCCCGACGGAAUCAGCUGCAGCCCCGUGGGCCCGCCCCCCCCUCUGGCCACCGCCCGCAGCCCCCGCGGAGGCGGCUUCUUCCAGCACGUCGAGGCCGGCCAGGUGUGGCCCCGGGGGAUAGACGACCUGGCCGAGCACGGCUUGGCGCUGGCAGACCGCUUCCCGGCCUUCCGGGACUGGGACUUCGAGGAGGCCUUCCCCACGGACACCCUCCUAGACGGCACGCCUCCGCCCGAGCCCAGCGAUGCCCCCGUCGUUUCCCGCUCCGCUCCCUCAGGACACCAGCCCGGCCUGCCAGAGCCGGCCAGUCCCUCCAACCCCAGCAGCCCCGCUACCUCCCCACCGCCUGCCCUGCACUCCCCCCUGCCGGCCCGGCCAGACUCCCCGAAGUAUCCUGCCCCUACGGAGCCCCCGCCUCCCUCGGCCACCCCGGCCCCCUCAACCUCGCCCCCAGUGCCUCCUCCAGGCCUGGGUGACGCCGUGGUGGGGGGAGUCCGAGCGCUGCUCCCGGCCUUGGCCACCCCCAGCCCGGCGCCGGGCGGAGAGGAGCAGCCACGCCGUCGGAGGGAUGACCGCUGGCUGCUGGUGGCCCUGCUGGUGCCCAUGUGCGUCUUCGUGGUCAUCAUGCUGGCCCUGGGCAUCGUCUACUGCACCCGCUGCGGGGCUCAAGCCAAGAGCCGGAGCAUCACACAGUGCUACCGCUGGGUUAGCAGCUCGGCGGCGGCUAAGGGGGGCACCCCGUCGACCCCCAGGCCCGGCCAGCCAGCGGCCACUUGCCGGACCAGCGUCUGAGUCCCGGCUCGGCAGGCUCAUCCAGAGGAACUUGGAGAGGCGGCGCGACAGACUUGGUCACACCAACCCUCAGCCUGGACUGGGACCUUCAGAGAUCCGCUGGGGCUGCUGCUGCAGAUCUGGCUGGGUCAGCCGGGAUCCUUGACUGGGCCUCAGAGAUCCAGGACAACCAGGGAUGCUGCUGGCCGGGACAGGCAGGCCAGAAACAGGACCGGUUACCCCUUGAGCCCAUUGGGGUGUCGUCUCUCUAAUGGAGGCCCAUUCAUAUAGCCAGGGCGCUCAGAAGCAAGAGAAGUCUGACCUCUGCAGGAGGGGGCGACCGGACCCACCCCCACCCUCCUCCAGCUGACCCCCAAGGGCACUCUUGGGGCAAAGUCUCUAGGAUGCAACAGGGACCCCCACAAGCUGGACUGCCCAGGAGGAAACUUGUGGCCCUUCUUUGACAAAGCCCCGGCUGGAAUGGGGCUCACAAGCCGUGCGGUCGUUGACUCCAGGUCUCCUGCCCUUCGCUCCACCUCAGUGAUGUAUAUUCAGUUCAUGAAACGCUGGGUAGGGGGCCAAAUUUUCUAGUGGACGAGGCAACAGAGGAGGAAGCUUCUAUGGGGAUUGUAAGGGGUUGAGGGGUCAGCAGGACAGAGCAGGGCUGCAUUGCUCCUGACCGGUGAUGUACUUUUCCUUUGUGAGGGAAUUGUCCUCUGUCUUCCCCUCUCCCCAUCUGUGCGUGGGGGUCUGUGUGUCUAAUAAAGGGACUGGCGCCUCCGCCCGGUUGGAAUGA